AUGAUCGGAGACCUUUUUGGUAUACCGAUUAUAGAGAGAUUGCCAUUCAAGAUACAAAGUCAGGAACAAGUUAAAGGCUUACCUAACAUUGGAAAGUCAAUGCAAGACCAUCGUCCUUGUCAUCCAUCUUCCUUUCUCUCCUCACUAUCUUUCUUACUCUUACCUAUCAAUCCUCACUCUCCAUACUUCAUAAUCAACAGCGCACAGUUUAGCAGUAGACUGCUUUUCGCUUCCAGAGCCACCAUGACCUCUUCUUCGGAUUUCAGCCCCAGCAUCAGUGAAGUUCUCGGCGAUGUUACCAUUUUCACCUCUGCUGGAGACGCCGUCCAGUUCAAGGACCUCUGGGACCAGAAUGAGGGGGUGGCUGUUGUUGCACUAUUGAGGCACUUUGGAUGCCCUUGCAGUUGGGAACUUGCCUCGACUCUAAAAGAAUCCAAAGGAAAAUUUGACUCAGCUGGUGUGAAACUAAUUGCUGUUGGUGUUGGUACUCCUGAUAAAGCUCGCGUCUUUGCAGAACAGUUACCAUUCCCCAUGGAUUCCCUUUAUGCUGAUCCUGAUCGUAAGGCAUAUGAUACUUUGGGUUUAUACUAUGGAUGGGGUCGGACAUUCUUCAAUCCAGCCAUUAUUGCAAAUAUGUUGUCAAGAUUUAGUGCUCUACGAAAAGCUGUAAACAACUAUACGAUUAAAGCCACUCCAGACGAUAGAAGUGGUGUAUUGCAACAGGGAGGGAUGUUCGUCUUCAAAGGGAAGCAGUUAUUAUAUGCUCGGAAAGACAAAGCGACCAGCGAUCAUGCCCCAUUAGAUGAUAUCUUGGAUGUUUGCUACAAAGUUCCAGUCUCUUGAAACAGAUGGUACAAUGUAGAUUUUCC